AAAAAAAAAAAAAUAUUUUGAAUCGUAAUUCGUAAACACUGGAAAAUAAAUGUUUUGUGGUCCUGCCUGUGACUAUUGCAGAUAUUUACUAGUUUAUUGAAGAAAAAUGUGUGGUCGAAGUGCUUUGUAAGUAUUUGUCAAUUAAUUUCAGUUUUCUCUUUAUGAUCAAGCAGACCUCAAGUACCUAAUUGAAUAGGUUUUGUUGAGUAGAAUGAGUUUAUGGUCCGUUCUUCUCAGUACAAUAUCUCCCGCCGAAGUUUUGCGCACCGAUGGCAUAGCAUCUCGACCAUAACAAGUGCUUGUAACAGUCUAGACUGAAUAAAUAAAUUUUGACUGAAUUUUUAGAAUUCAUAUAUCUUUGUAUGCACUAUCAUCUGCAAAAUAUGUACAUAAUCCCUGAAUAAAACUGAACUUCAGGGUGCCUGUAGUUUUAAACGUAAAGAAUCAAAUAUUUAUGUUAAACCAGAUUGGUUAGUGGAACAUAAUGAUGGGAAAGAUUAUACUCCUUCUUACAACAUUGCACCCACUGAUGUAACUCCAGUCUUAUUGUCUAGUAGUAAAUAUAAAAAUGCAACAAAAUCAGACAGGUUACUAAAACCUAUGAUGUGGGGAAUGAUUCCUCCUUGGCACAAGGGUAAUUAUAAAAAUCAUAAUUUAAGUACUAACAAUUGUCGCAUAGAAAAUAUUACAAAUUCAAAACUUUAUACACCUAUUUUAAAUAAUGGUGGCAGAUGUGUCAUUGUUGUUGAAGGAUAUUAUGAGUGGCAAACAACAAAUAAAGCAUCAAAAGUGAAACAACCCUACUAUUUAUAUGCUCAACAAAAACCUGAGGUGAAGAUAGAUGAACCAAACACUUGGGAUAACACAUAUGAUGAAGAAAAUGGUUGGAGAGGCAUAAAACUUCUUUAUAUGGCAGGAUUAUAUAAUAUUUGGCAAAAUGAAGAUGUAAUUAUUUAUUCAUACUCAGUUAUCACUAUGGAAUCCAAUAGUUCUCUCAGUUGGCUACAUCACAGAGUGCCUGCUAUUUUGGAUACACAGGAAUUGAUGGAGGCCUGGUUGGAUGUUGAUAAUGUGCCACCAAAUGCAGCUAUUUCUCUUUUGAAACCAACCAACACAUUAAGUUGGCAUAGAGUGUCGAAACUUGUUAAUAACUCUAAAUAUAAAGCAAGCGAUUGUAAUAAAAAAAUACCAGAACAAAAAACAAAUAAAGAAAAACAAAAAACUCUCACUACAUGGUUUACUAAAACUGCUAAAAGACAAAAUGAAAACUGUUCUACUGUACCAUCUAAGAAAAAUAAAUUUUAAAUAUUGAUUGACCUAAACAUUUUUUUUCUGAUUUUUAAGUCUGCUGUUAUACAUACAUUUCUAGGAUCUUUUAUCUAUGACAAUACACUCUUCCCAGUGUACUUGAGACCUAGGCCUAUAUUUAAUAGGUGAAACAAAGCUCAUUAAAAUUUAUAAACAUGUACCUCCAUAAUAAAAGGAACAAUAAUUAAAAAUUCAAACAGUGGC